AUGGAUAAUAAUGAAGGCUCUGAUGAAGACCAUCUUACCAGUUAUGAUAUUCAGCUCAGUAUUGAAGAAUCAAUUGAAGCCAAUAAGACUGCACUUUAUCCUGAAAGGUUUAUACCACUAAGUAAUGAAAACAGAAAACUUGUGCGGGCCAUAAGACAAGGCCACAUUCUUGAGCUCCAGGAACAUGUGAAAUAUAAAAAUGCACUAGAUGAAGCUGAUGAGAAAGGAUGGUUUCCAUUGCAUGAAGCUGUUGUUCAACCUAUUCAGCAAAUACUUGAAAUUGUUCUGGAUGCAUCUCAUAAAACACUUUGGGAAUUCAAAACCUCUACUGGAGAAACACCCUUGACUUUGGCAAUCAAAGCUGGUUUGGUACAAAAUGUAAGAACUUUACUAGAAAAGGGAGUGCACACAAAUACCAAAAAUGACAAAGGAGAGACACCCCUACUGAUUGCUGUGAGAAAGGGCUCUUAUGACAUGGUGUCUGCUCUGAUUAAACAUAACACCAGUCUUGACCAGCCUUGUGCCAAGAGAUGGUCAGCAAUGCAUGAAGGAGCUAAACAAGGCCGUAAGGAUAUCAUAGCUCUGCUGCUAAGCCAUGGAGGUAAUGUCCACCUCAGGGACGGAUUUGGAGUCACGCCAUUAGGUGUAGCUGCUGAGUAUGGUCACUGUGAUGUGUUGGAGCACCUUAUCCACAAAGGAAGUGAUGUAUUUGCUUUGGCUGAUGAUGGAGCAUCUGUGCUGUUUGAGGCAGCAGGAGGAGGCAAUCCUGACUGUAUUUCCCUCCUGCUAGAAUAUGGAGGAAGCGGAAAUGUACCUAACAGAGCAGGACACCUUCCUAUACAUCGAGCUGCCUAUGAAGGACAUUAUCUUGCCCUGAAAUAUCUUAUUCCAGUAACAUCUAAAAAUGCAAUCCAGGAAAGUGGGCUAACACCAGUUCACUCAGCAGCUGAUGGGCAAAAUGUUCAGUGCCUCGAAUUGCUCAUUGAAAAUGGCUUUGAUGUGAAUAUCCUGCUUGCUGACCAUAUAUCUGAGAACUAUGAUGAUAACAGAAAGACUGCACUGUAUUUUGCUGUUUCAAAUAAUGAUAUCCAAUGCACAGAAGUUCUUCUGACUGCAGGUGCAAACCCAAAUCUAGAUCCUCUCAACUGUCUACUUGUGGCAGUAAGGGCCAAUAAUCAUGAAAUUGUUCGGCUGCUUCUUUCCCAUGGAGCUAAUGUCAACUGCUAUUUUAUGCAUGUGAAUGACACCCAUUUUCCCAGUGCCAUUCAGUAUGCUCUGAAUGAUGAGAUAAUGAUGAGGCUGUUGCUGAACAAUGGUUAUCUAGUGGAGAAGUGCUUUGACUGCAUGCAUGGGGACAUCUUUGGAAAUAGAUUUUUGUGGUCAGAGAUAGAGGAAGACGAAAUACCUGGAUGGACAUCUUGUGUAAUAAAAGAUAACCCGUUUUGUGAAUUUAUUACAGUUCCUUGGAUGAAGCACUUGGUAGGCAGCAUUAUUCGUAUCUUAAUAGAUUACAUGGAUUAUAUCCCUCUAUGUGCUAAACUAAAAUCAGCACUAGAAGUACAGAGAGAAUGGCCAGAAAUCUGUCAAAUACUAGAGAAUCCUCGUUCAUUGAAGCAUUUGUGUCGCUUAAAAAUUCGAAGACUUCUGGGGCUCCAGCACCUCUGCCAACCAGCCUCGAUAGAGAAGCUUCCUCUACCACCAAUUAUUCAAAGAUAUAUUUUAUUUAAAGAAUAUGAUCUCUAUGGACAAGGGCAAAAUUUGACAUAA